AUGGCACUGCCGUUGAUCCUCAGGCCAGGAUCGAGGGAGCGCCCUGCCACGAGAAACGGUAGUGAGAUAGGCCUCUCUGCGCGGCGGCACAAUGGGGCUUCUAACGUUGACAGUGAUGAUGACUCCACUUCGGUGUAUGUGUCCACAACGAGCGCCUCCUCUGUGCACUUCCUCGUAGUUAGCCACAAUAGCGGCUUCUGUGGGAGUUCCCACGGCGUCUCGAAAACCCCACGGUUGCGUCAUUGCUUGUCAGUGACGAUAUCACCCAUAUCCUCCGCAUUCACAACCCCGCGACUGUUUUUCGGCGGAGGCGGCGCAGCAGCAGGUCGUGCCCGUCGUGCACACAGCUACAACUCAGAUGUCGACUGGAUCUCUUUGAAUCGGCAAGACACCGGGGAGGCUUCCCCGGCAGCGGCGAGAGUCUACAAGAAUGCAGCGAGUGGGACGAAGGCGUCACCCAGUCACAUGAAGGAUUGGAUCCCAUUCUCCCGUACGAACUCGCGCUCUAGUGCCACUCGCGGCGCUUUCUCUUCCGCUGUCUAUGCCUCUGUCCUCGCUGAUGUUGCUGCCCCUACUCCGAAGAAGCAAUCCAGGAAAGGAAAACACACCGCCGCUUCCCCGCACACAACGCACUGCUCCAAGUUGACGCCAAGCGAUAUAGGCAGCAGCUCGACGUCAGUGUCAACAGCUGGCGCAUCGUCGCGUAGGCUGUCAAUUGAGGGCAACAUCAACAAACCUCACGCUUAUAAGGAACAUGACGAGGUUCGUAGCAACGGAAGCGGGAACUGCGUCAACUGGUCGUACCCGAGCGAGAAGCAGACGGCGGCGGUGCCGGUGCCGGCCAUCAAGAGAUUCACUGACGCGAUUCGGUACCUGCAGUCGCAGCCGUAG